GGGGUCAGGCUGUGCCAGCUGAGCUCUCUCUGGCAGCUCCGGGCAGCAUGGCAGCAAAGCUCCAGUCCCUCCUUCUGGUCCUCCUGCUCAGUCCCGGGCAGCUGGUACCAGCCAGGAAGCUUCUGCUCUUUCUGCUGGACGGUUUUCGCUCUGACUAUAUCAGCGAAGAGGCCCUGGGGACCCUGCCUGGUUUCAGAGAGAUGGUGAACAGGGGCGUGAAGGUGGAUUACCUGACCCCAGACUUUCCAAGCCUCUCCUACCCCAAUUACUACACGCUCAUGACUGGUCGCCACUGUGAGGUCCACCAGAUGAUCGGGAACUAUAUGUGGGACCCUGCCAGCAACAAGUCAUUCGACAUUGGUGUCAACAAAGACAGCCUGAUGCCUCUCUGGUGGAAUGGAUCGGAACCACUGUGGGUGACUCUGAUCAAAGCCAAGAAGAAAGUGCACAUGUACUACUGGCCAGGGUGUGAGGUUGAGAUUCUUGGCAUCAGACCGACUUACUGUCUAGAAUAUCAAAUGGUCCCCACAGACAUUAACUUUGCCAAUGCCGUCAGUGAUGCUCUAGACUCGCUCAAGAGUGGCCGGGCUGACCUGGCCGCCAUCUACCAUGAGCGCAUUGAUGUGGAGGGUCACCACUAUGGCCCUUCAUCCCAGCAGAGGAAGGAUGCCCUGAAGGCAGUGGACAUAGUCCUACAGCACAUGACCAAAUGGAUCCAGGAACGGAACCUGCAGGAUGACCUUGAUGUCAUCAUCUUUUCCGACCAUGGUAUGACAGAUAUUUUCUGGAUGGACCAAGUGAUUGAGCUAAGCAAGUACAUCAACCUAAGCCAUGUGCAGCAAGUGAAGGACCGAGGCCCCGUGGUAAGCCUGUGGCCGGUUCCUGGGAAACAUGCAGAGAUCUACAGGAAACUGAGCACCGUGGACCAUAUGACCAUCUAUGAGAAAGAGGCCAUUCCUGAAAGGUUCUAUUACAAGAAAGGGAAGUUUGUUUCUCCAUUGACCUUAGUGGCAGAUGAAGGCUGGUUCAUCACAGAGAGUCGAGACACGCUGCCCUUUUGGAUGAAUAGCACUGGCAAGCGGGAAGGCUGGCAGCAUGGAUGGCAUGGAUAUGACAACGAGCUUAUGGAUAUGAGGGGCAUCUUCCUGGCCUUUGGCCCAGAUUUUAAAGCCAACUAUCGUGCUGCCCCCAUCAGGUCAGUGGAUGUCUACAACGUCAUGUGCAGAGUGAUGGGCAUCACACCUUUGCCCAACAAUGGCUCCUGGUCCAGAGUGGCAUGCAUGCUCCGGGACGGGGCGAGCUCAGCUGUGCCUUCCUCGCUGGGUGGCUGGGCCCUGGCCUGGAUCUUCCUCUGGUUAUUUGCAUAGCUGCCCUCAAUUUUUUUGUAUUCCCCUGGGCACCAAGCAGAGGGGCUGUGGCAAAAGAAAGCUUUAGACUUGACUUUCCUAUUGGAAAUUUGAGUCGCUUCCUGCACAUAAUCAAGACAAUGAAAAUCAUGAAGCUGUUGUUGUUCUGGGAGGUGAUAUCGGAAAUUCUCAACUUUAAAAAUAA